AUGUAUUCUGUUAUUUGGAAUAAGAACUGUAUAAUGGUGGAGCGUGCUCCACAGAUCAAAGUAGAAGAGCAAUAUCCGUUGUUGAAAGUAAACGGCGGCGGAGGAGAUGGAGCAACUAACCCACAAGUCGCAGCAACACUGGUCUCGACAGGCUGGGGUGUUACCUGUACCCCUAAGCAAUCGUGGCUAGUACGCUGGCCGGAGUACAUUUCAGCAUGCUGGAUGACUUUAAUCUUGCUAGGAAUAUCAUUCCUCGUAUUUUAUGCGUUAGGAAUGGAGGCCUAUAGAAGACAACCCGUACUGCUCAUUAAAUGCAACGGUUCAAAGCCUGCGAGCAAUAUCUUCUAUCACCAGAUUAUAUCUAGAGGAAGCUCUCCACCUAUAAUGCUCUAUAGCGAGUAUUUGUCAAACAUGGCGUUCAAGUACCCUAUGCUUAAUUUCCAUGUGUACUUUUUAAUCGAUGAUUCUGUUCAAAACUCUUAUCGAGCACCUAGAAACGCUAGAUUCAUUAACACUUUAAUCCCAAUACCUUUAUCUACUUCAUAUCCAUUUUAUAAACUUGAUGAUACCACUAAGCGCGAAAUUAGUGAAUUCCAAAGGAAAUUCCACAAUCUUAAUGUAACUGUGAUGCCUUUGAGCAAGUACAUGGCUAUGACCCCGUUAAAAUAUAAAUGGAGAAGCAUACCAAUUCCAUACCUUUCGUUUUACACAAGAGUAUUUUCUGUAUGGCAAUACGGAGGCGUUGGACUGGAUUUAUGUACCUUCAAUAACUAUUACAAUAAUCGGCAGGAUGUCGAUCGUAGGAUUUCUAUAAUAUUAAAACAACAUAACGAUGGCAUAAAACCCGAGGAAUAUACUAAUGCUCUGUAUAAAAUUGAUUGCGAAGAAGAGAGUGAAAAAUUCUUUUCAUUGGUCUAUGGAUUGAUAAGUUCUAUUUUCAACGAAACUCGAACAUUCUUCUCAAAAAGUUUCCAGUUUUCUCGAAUCGAUCCAGAAAAGGAUACGAACUAUAAGACUGAACCAUUGAUUCGUACACACAGAAAUAAACGAGAUGUUUCUUCUGAACCACCAAAAAAUAAUGAUACGGAUUUUAACUCUGUUUCAUUUGUAAUCUUAAAUUCAACGAACGUUACUGAUAUUAAAAAAGGUGAAUAUUCAACAUCUCUGGAAAAAGUGGAUAAUAUAAACAAAAGUACUAUAGCCUCUCAAGGAAACGACUCCUUAAUUCUUGAUAACAUUAAUUUAGAAGGAUGGAACAAGUCGGAUACGAAUAGAUCUGAUCACCCGCAGUUGGUAUUAUUUUACGAUUUCUCCGUUUUUUCAGACGGUAUGGGACCUUCCUUUAUCAUGCCUGACACUUUUGUGGGCUCUGAUAAUAGCCAACCAAGUAAAGAGAGCAAAUUAGUACAAAAUGUUAAUACUGGUUCAUACCUUCUUUCUUUAGAUCCAGAAGGUUUGUUUAUAGCAGCAUCUUCAAGGUUGCAUCCCUUUUUGGGUCAUUUAAUUUCCGCUGGCUGCCAACGCAUGCAUCCCAAGUUCGCCAUUCAAGACACACUACUUACUCAAUGCUCAGGAUUAUUUAAGGAAGAUAUCUACUGCAAUAACAUUUAUUUAUUAUAG